UGCCGUUUGCGAUAGUGCGUAUAAGUAGACGUUGAUCCGGCUUCCCUGGCUGCCCUCGUUUUUCUCGUUCCCUCCUCGUGUCUGACAGCCAGGAGCAACCCCUCUCCGGCCUUGCAUCCAGCCAGCCAGAGCGCCGUCCAGGUCAUCCAGCAACAGCGACCAAGCAUUGCCUACUGCAGGCUAGACCAGCACCCGGCUUCCCAGCACCGGCUUCCCACAGCACAGGCAGCGCCCGCACGGAGCGCACCGUUUGCCAAGAUGCCUACUCUUCACCAAUAUGACUACAUAUUUGCCAUUGGCACAAUUUUCGCGUUCCUCGACGCGUGGAACAUUGGUGCCAACGAUGUGGCAAACUCGUGGGCCACGUCGGUCUCGUCCCGAUCCAUCAGCUACAUCCAAGCCAUGAGCCUGGGUUCCAUCCUGGAAUUCGCCGGCGCCAUCGGCGUCGGCCAGCGCGUCGCUGACACCAUCCGCACCAAGGUCGUUGACGUCGAGAGCUACCGCGACACCCCCGCCGUCCUCAUGCUCGGCAUGACGUGCGCCAUCGUCGCCUCCGCCAUCUACCUCACCAUCUGCACCAAGAUCGGCCUCCCCGUCUCCACCACGCACUCGCUCAUGGGCGGCGUCAUCGGCAUGGGCAUCGCCACAGUCGGCGCCAGCAACGUCAUCUGGUACGACGCCAAGGGCGGCAUCGCCAACGGCGUCGUCUCCGUCUUCCUCGCCUGGAUCAUCGCCCCCGGCCUCGCCGGCGCCUUCGGCGCCAUCAUCUUCACCAUCACAAAGUACGCCGUCAUGGUGCGCCGGAACCCCGUCAUGAAGGGCCUGAUGUCGGUGCCCGUGUACUUCGCCAUCACCGCCUCGCUCCUCACCAUGCUUAUCGUCUGGAAGGGCGGCUCCAUCAAUCUCGACCACUUCUCCGACGGCGAGCUGAUCGGCCUCAUCAUCGGCGUCGGCAUCGCCUGGGGCGUCCUCGUCGCCAUCUUUUUCGUGCCCUGGCUGUACCGCCUCGUCGCCAAGGACGACUGGGAGCUGAGGUGGUACCACAUCGCCCAGGGGCCCCUCCUGCUCCGCCGCCCCGACCCCCCUGCCCAGCCCGAGGGCGCCCCGGGCGGCAUCCGCGACUUUUACGAGGGUCACGCCACCAAGGAGGAGCUCGAGGCCCGCGCCACCGCCGCCGCCGCCGCCGACAGCGGCGACGUCGAGGCUUCGCCCGCCACCAGCACCAAGGAGGCCGGCGUCCUCGGAGACAAGACCACCGGGCAGGCCGCCAACUCGGACUCGGGCUCCAACCGCCCCGCCCUCGCGCCCACCAGCCGCCCCGGCCACGGCGCCGCCGUCCACAAGCCCCUCGUCGGCCCCCGCCCCGAGGGCGCCUGGCUCAGCGGCCCCGUCAUGUGGUGGGUCUUCAAGAAGAUCUUCCUCAGCGGCGUCGACCAGGACAUCAUCACGCAGCAGAAGAAGAAGAGCAUGCUCACGGGCGACCUCGAGAAGAUCCACGCCGGCGUCACGCACUACGACAACAAGGCCGAGUUCCUCUACUCCUUCAUGCAGAUCAUGACGGCCUGCACCGCCUCCUUCACCCACGGCGCCAACGACGUCGCCAACGCCAUCGGCCCUUUCGCCACCAUCUUCCAGAUUUGGGAGCAGGGCGACAUCCCUGCUAAGGGCGCUAAGGCUGACGUUCCCUUUUGGAUCUUGUGUUUCGGCGGCGUCGGCAUCGCGCUCGGCAUCUGGACCUACGGCUGCAACAUCAUGCGCAACCUGGGCAACCGCCUGACGCUGCACUCGCCCGCCCGCGGCUUCUCCAUGGAGCUCGGCGCCGCCGUCACCAUCAUCCUGGCCACCCGCCUCAAGCUCCCCGUGUCCACCACCCAGUGCAUCACCGGCGCCACCGUCGGCGUCGGCCUCUGCUCGGGCACCUGGCGCACCAUCAACUGGCGCAUGGUUGCAUGGAUCUACAUGGGUUGGAUCAUCACCCUGCCCGUCGCCGCCACCUUUGCGGGAUGCAUGGCCGGCAUCAUCAUCAACGCCCCUCGCUGGGGCCUCCGGAACUAGGCUUUUCCUUUGUAGACACACUGCCCCGUUUUCCACACCCGCUCCGGAUUCCGUGCUGGAGCCAUUGGCGUGGUACCGGCAAAUGUACCAAUCAGACAAAUAGACGUUUAGGGAGGUGAAAGGGGCUUGGGUCGGCCACCGAUGGAGACGGUGCCCUUCCGGCUCGGUUUUUGCUUCCAAGUUCCUUUCGGGGCGUCUCGGCUUCCUUGGUUUAAUACACUGUCAUUUCCCCUG